AAGAGGGGAAAAGAUUAAAAAAACCGACAGAACUGAGCGACAACAAAGGUUCAACGUCGACUAGGGAGUGAUAUAAAAUAAUAUUCAAGUGCCUCGUGUGCAUGUCAAAAUAACUGCAGGUGUCAUUUCCAAGGACUAGUACCAGAAUUCGACAUAAAAAUGGUUUACCACUGGCAAUCGCACAAUGUCAAGACGGCCGGCGUGGAUGACAUGGUAUUGCUCUCUCGAGUCACAGAAGAUGAAAUCGUCACCAAUUUGCGCAAACGUUACCUUGAUGAUCAAAUAUUUACGUACAUCGGCCCAGUCCUCGUUUCCGUCAACCCAUUCAAGACUAUGCCUUACUUCACCGAUAAGGAAAUCGAGCUUUAUCAGGGAGCUGCUUCUUAUGAAAAUCAACCUCAUGUCUUCGCUCUGGCAGAUAACAUGUACCGCAAUAUGUUAAUCGACGCCGAAAAUCAAUGCGUCAUCAUCAGUGGCGAGUCCGGAGCGGGUAAAACAGUAGCCGCUAAAUACAUCAUGAAUUACAUAGCUCGUGUGUCAGGAGGUGGCGACCGUGUUCGCCAUUUAAAAGACGUUAUCCUCGAGUCUAAUCCGUUACUGGAGGCCUUUGGCAACGCCAAAUCGGUCCGCAACAACAAUUCUAGCCGUUUUGGCAAGUAUGUCGAAAUUCAAUUCUCGACUGGAGGCCAGCCAGUCGGCGGAAAGAUUUCCAAUUUCCUACUGGAAAAAUCCCGCGUUGUCAUGCGCAGUCGCCAAGAAAGGAGCUUCCAUAUUUUUUAUCAAUUGUGCGCUGGAGCCGACUCCCGUAUGGAAGAGCAAUUGGGCCUGGCCAGUCCGGAGAAUUACGCCUACCUCAGCCAGAGCGGCACGUAUACCGUCGAAGGCACUAGCGAUGUUCAAGAGUUUCAAGAAACUAUGAAAGCCAUGUCCGUGGUGGGCCUCAGUGAUCAAGAACAAAAAAACAUUCUAAAAUUAGUUUCCGCCAUUCUACACCUAGGCAACAUUUCUUUCGUGGAAGAUCGGAGCAAUUUCGCCAACGUCCAUGACGACCGAUAUUUGGAUUUCCCGGCCUUUUUGCUCGAAAUUGACUCGGUGGCUUUAAAGGCCAAGCUGACGGGCCGGAUAUUUGAAAGCCAUCGAGAACGAGUGAACAUGACCCUCAACGUCGAGCAGGCCUGCUACAGUCGGGAUGCUUUAGCCAAAGGAUUGUUCAGUCGAAUGUUUGAUUUCCUCGUUCAGAAAGUAAACACUGCCAUGGUAACGACGACUCCAGGAUACAGCACUGGCAUUUUGGACAUUUAUGGCUUUGAAAUCUUUGAAAAAAACGGAUUCGAACAGUUCUGCAUCAACUUUGUCAACGAGAAAUUGCAGCAGAUCUUCAUCGAACUGACGCUCAAAGCCGAACAGGAGGAGUACGUACAAGAGGGCAUCAAAUGGACGGCAAUAGACUACUUCAACAACCAAGUCGUCUGCGAGCUGAUUGAAGGACGUCGACCUCCUGGUGUGUUGGCCAUCCUGGACGACGUGUGUGCGACACUUCACGCCGUCAGCGAAGGUGCAGACAACGACCUCAAGCAGAAACUCUGCUCCGGAGUCGGGAACCAUCAACAUUUUGAGUCAUGGAAGUCCGGCUUCACUAUUCACCAUUACGCCGGAAAAGUUAGCUACGAAGUGGAAGGUUUCUGCGAUCGCAACCGUGACAUCUUUUUCAACGACCUCAUCGAACUCAUGCAAAAUUCUAAGAAUUCGUUCGUUCGCGGUCUAUUUCCUGAGGUACUGGCUUCCAAUACGAAAACGCGUCCCACUACGGCCGGUUCCAAGAUCAAAUCGCAAGCCAAUCAGCUGGUUGAGGCUCUCAUGAAGUGUACACCGCAUUAUAUCAGGUGCAUCAAACCGAACGAGACCAAAAGGCCGCACGACUGGGAAGAGCCGAGAGUAAAACACCAAGUGGAAUAUCUCGGCCUCAAGGAAAACAUUCGUGUCCGGCGGGCCGGAUUCGCCUACAGGAGACCGUUUGAAAAAUUCCUCAAAAGAUACGCCAUCAUCAGCAAGCAAACGUGGCCAACAUGGAGAGGCGAUCCGCGAGCCGGAAUAAAGAUUGUCAUGGAAGCCGUCAAUAUGGACACGGCUGAAUAUCAGCUAGGCAAAAGCAAAGUCUUUAUCAAAACGCCUGAAUCGCUGUUCCUGCUGGAAGAGAUGAGAGAGCGUCGAUACGAUCACUAUGCGCGUGUCAUUCAAAAAGCUUUUUGCCGUUACUUUGCUCGAAGACAGCGCCAGAAGCAACGCGAGCAAGCGGCCGAAAUUGUAUUCGGGAAAAAGGAGCGCCGGAGGUUCUCUCUCAACCGCGGGUUUGUCGGCGAUUACAUCGGUUUGGAUAAUCAACCGGCUCUACGCGCUCUUGUCGGUAAACGUGAAAAAAUCGAAUUCGCCGAAACUGUUUUCAAAUAUGACCGACGAUUCCAGGCUACAAAGCGUGAUCUCAUUUUGACGGGAAAAACCAUCUUUCUGAUCGGCCGUGAAAAAGUAAAAAAGGGGCCAAAAAAGGGUCAGAUCAUUGAAGUGGUGAAACGACGGAUACCAAUCGAAACAAUUAGGCAAAUAUCCACCAGUACCAAGCAGGAUGACUUCAUUGUCUUGCAAGUCAACAACGAAUAUGACACACUUAUCAGAUCCAUCUUCAAGACAGAACUAUUGUCCACCCUCAAUCGAAAGCUGAGAGAGAACUUCAACAGGGUUCUCAGCAUGAAUUUCACAGACAACAUGGAAGUCUCCAUUAAGAAAGAAGGUUGGUCUGGGGGAGGGCUCCGGCAAGUGAAAGUGAUUGCAGGAACUGGUGAAGAUCCAUCCUUGAAAGUGUCUGGCAAAACUCUGAUAGUCUCCAUCGGUCCUGGAUUGCCCAACACAAUGAGGCCAUCCCUUCGAUUGGAACCAGACAACGAAACAUUGCAAAUUGCUCGUCGCGUGGUCACUGUCGUGCAUUCGAACAAAGGAAUUAACAACAAUAAUCACAUACCUCUUAAUCAGGCACCAGCCAGGCCACCUCAUGUUCAAGGAAGAAAUUCAGGGAGUACAGUCGGUCAACUUCGACCUACCAGAAACGCGCCACCAGCACCUGUGAAUCCUGCACCAAAGGCGCCCACAAAUCUGACAGCCACGCGACGUGACAACUGCUAUGUGGAGCCACCUGGCGGUCUGAAAAAGAACCCUUCAUUCAAUCGUUCGUCGAGAGCUCCACCACCACCGUCUCAUCCUCCUCCGGCCAAUCAGCCUAUCAUUCGACCAAUUGGCAGUCAAGUCGGCAGUCAAGUCGGCAGUCAAGUCGGAGGAUUCCGUCUUCCCAAUCCCGGAGCCCUUCGAUUACCGAGUGUCGUUCCAGGUCAAACGGCAGGUCCGCAAAGACAGCAGCAUCCAGGACUGCAAACACGUAAUAGCGGUGCGUCAGCCACGGUGCCAGCCUCCGCAUCAUCACAAGCCGGCGGCGGAGGAGGAGGUUACACCGAACCUCAACAACGGCAACCACAACAACAACAACAACAACAAGAUUUUAUGCGAACACCGGACCCGGGCGUCAGCGGGGUGAAGAGGGCAAGCCUACGCAAAUCGCAGUUACUGAAACACCAGCAACAACAACAGCAACAACCUGCACCCAGAGGACCGGCCAAGCCCCGGAUUGAGCCCAAACCUCCAGCAUUGGCCAAAGCCAGAGCCCUGUACGUCUACGAGGCCCAGGAUACGGACGAGUUGAGUAUGAACGCCGGUGAUGUCAUCGAAAUCAUUUCAGAAGAUCCCUCGGGAUGGUGGCAGGGCCGACUGCGAGGCAAACAAGGACUCUUACCCGGAAACUACGUCCAAAAAUUGUGAUGACGACAUCCCACACGGGACACAUACAUGAUACAAAGCGGAAAUGAUACAAGCCCAAACGACAGGGAGCGUCGGGGGACGGGGGGGGGGGGGAGAUUCAAGAGAGAUUGAUUCAUGCCUUUUUGAUUCGAUAUUGUAAUAUCCCCACCGGGGGUAUUUAAAAAAGAAGAAGAAGAAGAAAGAAAAACAUCCAUUCAAUUUCGAUUUAUUAUUUUUUUUUUUAACCUUUCAAUACAAUACACACUCCCGAACUUUCUUAUAUCGUCAUCCUAUUAAAGAGUUAUAUGCCCUUUUUGAAAAAAAUAAACAAACAAUCUUUAUUGAUUACGUGAAAUCCGUUGAAAAGUCAAAGAGUCGAAUGAAUAAUGUGAAUGUCUGAUGUUGUUUCGUUUUGGCACUCCGAUUGUUAUCCUUAAUUCUUUAUUUUUUCUUCUAUUUUUGUGAUUGUCCAACAUUUCAGCUCGUUAAACUGCAUGUUGGUUACAAUCUGAUAUAAUAAUAAACUCCACGCCGACUUGAUUGCAGUAAACACAAAGCAACAAAA